AUGAGUGGUUGCAGUCUCAAUCCAGCAGAGCAUCCUCUCCAGAAGCUCCACAAAGAGUCGAAGAUUCUGAUAAAAGAGCCCUCCCCCAUUGGGGUUGACAGAGCAUGGAGGUGGUGCAUCAAGAGGCAGUUGCUGUGCACAAAAAAGCACGUUCGUCACCCAGAAGCUCUGGGGAAGAUGGCUGACAGGAGGAUCAGUGGGAGCCGAGUCAGUUGCCCUUCACAGGAGCUCCUGGACCUCAGAGACUGCGGACAGAGGCUGCGGACAGAGGCUGCGGACAGAGGCUGCGGACAGAGGCUGCGGACAGAGGCUGCGGACAGAGGCUGCGGACAGAGGCUGCGGACAGAGGCUGCGGACAGAGGCUGCGAAGCUGGAUUCAUCUGA